UCUCCCAUGAACGCUGUCGCAUAAUGCGCGUUAAAAGAAGGCAAGAAUCCGGCGUAUCUAUCUGCUUCCCAAUAAUGCGCUAACAACUCCUCAAUAAAUGCCCCCAUAGCGGCGGGCACGCAGCGCUGCGCCCUGCCGCCGCCGUAGAAGGACGACGACGCUACCUUCCCUAAUCCCGAUUCUGGAGCGGGCGGUGGCGGCGGGGAGUAGUAGGCCUGCCGGCUCUGUGGCGCGGCAGUACUGCCUUUAGAUUGGCUGGAUAUGGAUCUAAUUCUCCCAUUCAAAGUUGGAGAUCUUGCCGAGUCAAAGUCUUUUGUUAAGGGUUACACAGGUGCAUGGUUCCGCUCCAAGAUUAUUGAUAUGCGUGUCACAGAAUCUGGGCACCUUGAGUAUUACUUGGAGUAUAUUGACUAUACUGAAGAAGAGAAUGAAUGGAUCAGAGUCUUUCAAAAGAACCCACUCAGCCCAGCAUGCGGGGAAGGGAAAUCAAGUGAGAGUACUGAAAUAAUGUUGCGUCCUGCCUUUCCUCAUUGGUAUAGGGGGGGACAAGUUCCUGCGCGCUUUCCAAAGAAUGAGCUUGUUGCGAGUGUUUGUGAUACCUGGAAAGUAGGUGACAAGGUUGACUGGCGGUGUUCAGAUUGUUACUGGACUGCGGAAAUUAUUAGGUUGAACAGUAGAGAUGUGGUUCAGGUAAUGCUGUUGGAUCCUCCCAUGGGUGAAGGCGGGCAACAUCCUGCUAAGAAAAAGGACCUGAGGCCUGCACUUGAUUGGUCCAUCAUUAAAGGUUGGACUGUACCUCUUUCGGCUGCAAAAGGGAAAUCCUGGCAAGCUGCUCGUCUGGUUCAUCCUAAAUCUGAUAUAGAAGACAGCAUCACGGAUGAAGAUGAAGCCCCGGGAUCUCCAACCAAAAGGCCCUCAUCGGACACAAGCGGCAUAUCUAAGCUAAGCAAUCGGAGCGACACCAUUCUGGCGUCCACGGAGAAGUUGGGGCCGACACACGAAUCAUCAGACCCCAGUCGAUGGGGUACCCGCAAUUCCAGUAAGCGACAGAUAUCUCCUGCCACUGUCAAAGGAGCUGCUAUGGCAGAACCGAUCGGCCCCUCUAAUGUAAACGGUUCCCGCCACCGGUACCCCUUUCGGGUCCGGAGGAACGCAGCAGGGCAACAGAGAUAAGCUGGUAAUGCUGCGCACUAAAUCAAUCCCCCUAUGGGGUUGACGGGCAUUACGGAUACUUAGUGAUAGAUCACAUAGCUCUAGAUACAUCGAGGAAAUGGUCGACCGCUGUCUUUGCGGAAUCGGCCACAUAGGCACGUGACAUUUCUGAUGAGAGUAUCUGGGGUGUGAUCCAUUGACUGAUUGUUACUUGGUAAAAGUUGCAAACUUAAGGCUGGUUGUUACUUGGUAAAA